CGGCGGAUCGCGAGCAGCAUGUGGACGCUCAGGCGCCGCGCGGCCGCCGGCCUGCUGUCCCGCUCGGCGCUCCGGGGCCCGGCCCAGGCCCACGCCCGGGCCCAGCGGCCACCCGAGGACGCCCCGCUCCCCGGCCGCCGGGGCCUGCACGUCGGGACCGCCGCGGCCCGCAGGCCCGCCAGCGCCAGUUCGAGCCUCCACUUCCUCAGCCAGAUUCUGAAUGUCAAAAAGCAGAGUGUCUGUGUGAUGCAUUUGAGGACAACGGGGACUUUGGGUGACCCGGGUUCUCUGGAUGAGACCACCUACGAAAGACUGGCAGAGGAGACGCUGGACUCCUUAGCAGAGUUUUUUGAAGACCUUGCAGAUAAACCUUACACGUUUGAAGACUAUGAUGUCUCCUUUGGGAGUGGUGUUUUAACAAUUAAAAUGGGUGGAGAUCUGGGAACCUACGUGAUCAACAAGCAGACCCCAAACAAGCAAAUCUGGUUAUCUUCACCAUCCAGUGGACCCAAGCGUUACGACUGGACGGGGAAAAACUGGGUGUACUCCCACGACGGCGUGUCUCUCCACGAACUACUGGCCGCGGAGCUGACUAAGGCCUUAAAAACCAAGUUGGACUUGUCUUCCCUGGCCUAUUCUGGAAAAGGCACCUGACGCCCAGCCCAAAAGACAUUAAAAGCUAUAAAGCCAAGACUCCAGCUUCGUUCUGCAGCUGAGUGUCUGGUGUUUUCCAUUCCUGCUUUCGAGGACAGUUGCAUUGUGUGUAACAGCUCUGUGAAAAGAACGCGUUGCCUCCCACUCUACCCCCAAAUUCGGAUUUUUAAUUUCUAUAGUUUUUUUGGAUUUAUUGUCUGAUUUCCUCCCUCACUGACAUCCCUUCUCUUUUAUGACGUCUGUAUGCCUAUACCCUUAUAAAUAACCUUACAACAAAGAAAAUAAGGAAAAAUUCUAGGAGGCGAAAUGAAUUGGUUUCACUA